AGCAGUCUCUGGCUUCAGGCCCAGCACAGCCGCCCAGAAUGCGCUGCAGUUAAGGGGUGCAUUUCUGGGCUCGCCGCUGUUUCCUUGCCUGAGAUCUCUGGUGCCAGCCCUGCUGUGUCUGGCAUCCACAGCUGCACAGCAAGGCGUGAUGCCAGAUGGCACUGGACUUCCACCUUGGUCUAGUUGUGAGUUGCUUUUAAGGUACUCUGGACCUUUCACCCUGCUGCUUGAACAGCAGGCUCUGACUGACAGCGUGUAGAGCCCUGCUUGGGUUCGGGGUUGGGGGGAGUCUGUAGGUGGUUGUUGAGUGGGCUCUGCCGCGGGCAUGGGGUGCGCUGGCCGUCCCUUUGUUUCUGCCAGCUGUGCCCAGGGCCUGCACUGCUCCUGUGGGGCCUGGUGUUUGCCUGCUGUGUGGUCGGUGGUGUCUCAACCCCAGGUGCUCUCUUCCUGCGUCCAUGGGGUGCUCUCCUGGUCUGCCUGUUGGUUUGCCUCCUGCAGACCUGCAGGCAGACUCACCUGCUCGGUGUGGCCGUCUUGUAGAUGCUUGAAGGUGCUCUGUGGCUUUCCAGAGAGAAGUCCGUGUCUGUGCGUGCCUGCUGACCGCCUGUGCGCCCCUCUUCCUGCCGCACUAUGCUGGCUCUGGCCUCCAGUGCACCGAUGGGUCCAGAUGGUUCUGUCAACAGGUUUUUGUAGGUCUGAUUUUCAGUAAACUUCAGGAGAAUAUUGACCACAAGAGCAGUGCUCUCCGCUCUAACUACAUGUUAGCCUUGUCUGUCAACAGGUGAGGCCUCACCUGGCCCUUGGAGAAGGUGAGACCUAAGAGUUGGCAUUUUUUUUCUUUUUUUUUUUUGAAGGACCUCAGGCAGUUGUAAAAUGUACCCAGAAGGAGAGCCAGCUGCGAGCACUCAGAGACUGCCCCACCUCUAACCUUGAUGCUGCCCCUUGCCAGCGCCCCAGGUGUCUUGGCUCGCGGACCACAGUGACUGACGCCCAGCGUUGGCGCCAGUGGCUGACGUUCCUGGCCCUGCGUGGCCUGACCUCGGGGUGGAGGGUGGAGUCCUGCAGACACACUGCCUGGUCAGGCCACCCAUGGGUGUUUCCCUGGAUCACCUGCUGAGGCCCCAUCCCCAAAUACAGCCCUGCUUGGCCCGGCAAGGCCAGUCCAGUGGCCUCGGCCUGCCUAGCACCUCUGCUGCGGCGUCCUGGCUGGCGGAGUUUUCCUCUGUAAGGAGAACGCACCCUGGGCUUCUCUGCCCGCCUCCAUCCAGCCGUCCAGGGCUUCCUGCCCACUGGAGGCCAGCUAUAGGACCCGGUUGGCUGCCCUCCCCUCUGCCCCGUGCCGAGCCUCAGGGUGUCCUGCCCAAGCAGGCUGGCCUCCAGAGGACAGGGGCUGUCGCCAAGGCCGCGUGGGCUUCUCUCAUGACCCCCUGGUGACUUUGAGGAGAAGCCUGCCUCUGAUGGACCCUCCGUGGAGAUUGUGGCCUAUCGUCGUUCAGUUCCUCUCCAGACCCUCUUUUCCUUGUCUUCUUUCCUGAGAUGGGACUUGGGUGUGAACCGCUGAGCUGCAGCUCCUGCCCUUCCGUCUUUUGCCUUGAGACAGGGUCUUGCUGAGUUGACCAGGCUGGCCUGGACCUUGCACCCUCCUGCCCGAGGGUGGGACAACAGGCUUCUCUGUUCUGUGUGCCAGUUCCUGCCACUGACCCUUCCUGGCUGGCUUCGCUCCAUGUUGGCUGAGAUGAGGUGGCUGGCCACUUCCCACUCCACAGCUCUCGCACAGCUUUAAGGGGCCGGUGCUUGGGGCUGUGUCUGCUGCCACUCAUCCGCUGAUGGUGCACCUGUGAGUUCUGUCUUGGCCUUGACCCCUGAGCUGGUUGGGAGAAAGUUCCAGAAAUCGUGAUUGGUAAGGUUGCUGUCCUUAGUUCCUGGCCUCUGCUCUCCUGAGCCUGCUGCUGUGGUCAGAGGUGCAAAGCUCUGCCCUCGCUGCUGCCUGGAGCCGGGGUUUCCUCGGUGGCUCUGACGCUGGUCGGGCUCAUCCUCUUGGCAGGCCUGCCAGGGACUUCGCCGGAGCCCUUACAGCCUUCCAGGGCUAGGAGGUCAUGGGCGAGGCACUCGGCCUUCUCCUCUCCACUUGGCAUGCUGUGCAGUCCACCGCGUGGCCUUUCAUUUCAGGCAUCUCCGCUGGCCAUGGGGCUCUGCCCCUGGGCACGGCAUCCACCCCUGAGCCCCUGGCCUGCCCUGUGAUGCAGUCGCCAUUGCUCUGUUGUGGCCCCCACUGGUUAUUUUUUUCUGCUUUAGCUCUCUAGGUUCACUCACAAGCCUCAGGUGGGCCCCUGAGUUCUUGAACAUCUUUGGGGUGGAAGCAGCCCAAAGCACUUGGGUACAGCGGCUUCUGGCGCUCAUUCCCUUGGAAGGAGCGUGUGGGCAGAACAGUGGGCACGCCGCUGCCAGGCCCUGCUCCACUCCACAUGGCAGAGGAGGGGCAGAGGGAGGGGCGCGCGCAUAUGUGUGUUUGUGUGUGUGUGUGAGAGAGAGAGAGACACACACACACGCACACACACCAGGGCAACUUCACACCGACUGACUCUCUUUAUUUCAUUGGAUCAAGGCGUCUGCUUUUCUGGCAGAAGUUCUCGUUUAUCAACUAUGGAAAUGGAACAAGAGAAGAUGAAUGUGAGUAAGGAGCUGAGCCCAGAUGCGGCCUCGUACUGCUGCUCAGCAUGUCAUGGGGACGAGGCCUGGAGCUACAGCCGCCCUGUCCGGGGUCGCGCCAAGUCUCGGAGCCUGUCGGCCUCACCUGCCCUGGGCAGCACCAAGGAGUCCAGGAGGACACGCUCUCUCCAUGGGCCCUGCCCAGUGACCACGUUUGGACCAAAGGCCUGUGUGCUACAGAACCCCCAGACCAUCAUGCACAUUCAGGACCCUGCGAGCCAGAGGUUGACAUGGAACAAGUCUCCAAAGAGCGUGCUUGUCAUCAAGAAGAUCCGGGACGCCAGCCUGCUGCAGCCCUUCAAAGAGCUGUGCGUGUACCUCAUGGAGGAGAACAACAUGAUCGUGUACGUGGAAAAGAAGGUGCUGGAAGACCCUGCCAUAGCUUGCGAUGACAACUUCGGGCCUGUGAAGAAGAAGUUCUGCACUUUCCGGGAAGAUUAUGACGACAUUUCCAACCAGAUUGACUUCAUCAUCUGCCUGGGGGGAGACGGGACCCUGCUUUACGCCUCGUCGCUCUUCCAGGGCAGUGUGCCUCCAGUCAUGGCCUUCCACCUGGGCUCCCUGGGCUUCCUGACUCCCUUCAACUUUGAGAACUUUCAGUCCCAAGUGACUCAGGUGAUAGAAGGGAAUGCAGCUAUUGUUCUUCGGAGCCGGCUGAAGGUCAGGGUGGUGAAGGAGCUCAGAGGCAAGAGGAUGACCGUCCACAAUGGACUCAGUGAAAAUGGCCUGCCAGCUCCAGGCCUGGACCCCGAGGUUGGGAAGCAGGCCAUGCAGUAUCAGGUCUUGAACGAAGUCGUGAUUGACAGAGGCCCCUCCUCAUACCUGUCCAACGUGGACGUCUACCUGGACGGACACCUCAUCACCACAGUGCAGGGCGAUGGAGUCAUCGUGUCCACCCCGACCGGCAGCACAGCGUACGCAGCGGCAGCGGGAGCCUCCAUGAUCCACCCCAAUGUGCCGGCUAUCAUGCUCACACCCAUCUGCCCACACUCACUGUCCUUCCGGCCCAUCGUGGUCCCUGCAGGAGUUGAGCUGAAGAUCAUGCUGUCACCAGAAGCUAGGAACACUGCAUGGGUAUCCUUGGACGGACGGAAGCGGCAGGAGAUCCGCCACGGAGACAGCAUCACCAUCACCACCUCCCGCUACCCGCUGCCCUCCAUCUGUGUGCGAGACCCGGUGAGCGACUGGUUCGAGAGCCUGGCCCAGUGUCUGCACUGGAACGUGAGGAAGAAGCAAGCCCACUUUGCAGAGGAUGAAGAGGACGGGGAAGACAGCUAGCAGCACCGGGCAGUGCCCGGCCUCGCUGUCCCACCACAUCCCACCGAGUCCCACCUGCGCCUGCAGCAGGGGAGCCCGGUCUGCCUUUUGCCGACCAGAUCAGCUUUUUACCUUUUCUAAUCUGACUCUUUUUCAUUUCUAAAGUACAGUGAGAGCCGUGCUGGGCGCCCUGCAGCCCCCAGCAAGGCUCUUGCGAUUCCAGAUCGGGGACUUUCCAUAAAUCAGUCUUGAAAUUCAGAGGGUUGGAGAGGAUUGAUCUGUCCUUCCGUGUUGAAAUAAAUGCCUCAGCGCAGAGUCUCCUUCAGGUGCAAUGCUUCUCCCCUCCGCCCUGUGCUUCUGGGGCUCAGGGGCACCAAGGGCUCUGCUGUCCUGCCUUCUGGGGUGGCCACACGCCCCCCAGGGUCCGCUCUGAACCUCCUGCAGCAGGGCGGCUGCGGCAGCUCCCGGAAGGUGUUUUCACCCUGUAUGUACUUUCUAGAGACUCUUCUGAACUUUCUCAAGUGCUUAUGUACAUAUUUUCUUGUACACACUUUUGUGUAGAUUUAGAGGGGGACCGUCCUGUAGUCCAGUGUUUACAUUGUGUCCAGCCCCGCGCUAAUGGUCCAGGGUCCAGGAGAGGAGCCACUACUUCUCAGGGUGGGGCCCCCUGUUUUGAGGCCAUGGUGAGGGUUCUGAGACGAUCUGCUCAUGCGGGGACAGCGAGGCCUGUUGGGAGCAGAGCAGGAGCGGAGCCCGGGGCCCUGGGCCGUGCCAAGGUGUCGGGGGCUCGUGUCUCGAGGCUCCAGCUCCCCUUCACCUGUUGACUGGCCAGAGCCGGAGGCGGUGCCUUCCUCAAUGGGGCUUCCAAGGGAAGGUGCCCGUCCUGCCGCAGGCGGCCUCGCAGGCCUCGCUCGCGUUGGGCAGAAGGGCCUCCGUGCCUGCUGGAGCACAAGCCCCUCGUCCGCGUGUCCCUUACCUCCUACUCCUCCACCCGGGAACCUGGUAUGGCCUGGGCAGGGGACCACGAGCCAGGGUGGGGCUGGGGGCCCCAGGGAGGCAGCCCACUGGUGGAGCUCACCACCCAGCGUGGGCUGGUCUGCAGCCGCCUGUGGCCAGCGAGCGCGCUGGGGAGUUGUGAAGCGGAGUCGCGUCGUCUCCUGUUGUCGGUGUCUUGACACGUGUUCCUUGCUGAAGGCCUUACUACUGUUUUCAAAUCCUUUCAAUAAACAGACUUGUUUAAAACCGC